AUGAAUGGCUCCGUUCCUCACAACAUGAUGGGGAAUCCCGGGCAUCAUGCAGCUGGAGAUCAUAUCGGACAAACACCUUAUGGAUACCCACAACCCCAUAUCGUCGACAUGUUCUUCCCAGGAUUUUCACUCUUCUCAACUGCCCUCAAGAAUUACACCGCAAUCGAUCUCAACAUUUACAUUCCAAUACUCAUGAUUCUUGGCAUACUAAUCUUCUGUUGGCAAUAUAUUGAAACGUGGUUUUGGAUUGAACUCGAUGCCCAUUUUAUGUCAUCUGCUGAUAUCCGCGUCGACGAUGAAAUGUACAAUAUGGUAAUGGCAUGGGUAUCCGAGCAGCCGUUUGCACAACGAUCUCGUCGAUUCGUCGCCAAUACCAAUUUAAAUAGCCGUAUGUGGUUCAUGUGGCAAAACGAAAAUGAGGAGGAAGUGGAGGAGAACGAUGACGACUUCGAGCUCGACGAGGAGGGAAAUCCUAUUCCUAAGAAGGCGUCGGAGAAAGAGAAGAAGGUUAGAUUUACGCCAAGCUUCGGAACUUAUUACUUUUGGUACAAGAGAAGAUUGUUACAAUUCCGCCGCUCGCAGAGUGCUCCAAUAACUAAUUCUGCUGUGAGCGAAAGGGAGGAAAUUUCGCUCUCUUCUUUCGGACGGAAUCCUCGCAUUCUCAAGGAAUUACUCGAUGAAUGUCGCCAAGCAUUUAUUAAGAACGAUGAGAAUCGAACCAUUAUCUACAGAGGUGGCUCCAAGUCUGGCUCUUUUGGAGAGCCUGGCUGGACCCGUCUCGUUUCGCGUAUCUCACGCCCUUUCUCCACAGUUGUUCUGGAUGAAGUCGUCAAGCAGAAAGUCAUCGCCGACAUGAAAGAUUAUCUUCAUCCAUUUACCAGGCGUUGGUAUUCUAACCGGGGUAUUCCGUAUCGCCGUGGAUACUUGCUUCAUGGACCACCUGGAACAGGGAAAAGUUCUCUCAGCUUCGCGAUUGCUGGAUAUUUCAGGCUUAAGAUUUAUAUUGUUUCCUUGAAUUCCGGAUCCAUGAACGAAGAGACUUUAAGUACACUGUUCGCCGAGCUCCCCAAACAAUGUGUUGUUCUUCUUGAAGAUAUUGAUACAGCCGGCCUUACCCACACUCGUGAUGAAGAUAACGACGACGAUGGCGAAGAAUUCGGUCCUAAAUCCCCGUUGGCCAAGGCAACUAAGGCUUUAGAAGCUAUGGCAAAGAAAAAUAGCAACAAGGAGGAAUCGGGUAAAAUCUCUUUGAGUGCGUUGCUUAAUGUGAUUGAUGGAGUCGCAUCACAGGAGGGAAGAAUUCUCAUCAUGACAACAAAUCACAUUGAAAAGUUGGAUGAGGCACUUAUCAGACCAGGUAGAGUUGAUAUGACUGUUCAUUUUGAUCUGGCUACUAAGGAAAACAUGGAACAAAUAUUCCGAGGUAUUUACGCAACUCUUGAGGGCGAUUACCCUGAGCCCAAGGGUUCUGAAAGUGGGUAUUCUGCUUCUGGUAGUCUAAAAUCUGGCACUUCGAGAGGGAGAAGUUCGGGUAGUGAAGUAUCAAGUAGCGGGAGGGGUAUGCACAAGAAGAAACCUGCGAGUGCUUCGCGAGAAAGGAGGGUACAGGUGGAAUUAGAUCGAAUUAUCGCAGCAGAGGAGGAACAAAGAAGGGUUGAGGAUGAGGAAAGGGUAGCAAAAUUAGCCAAACUAUUUAGUGAGAAGGUUCCCGAGGGAAAGUUCAGUCCAGCGGAGAUUCAAGGGUAUCUCUUGAAGCACAAAAGGAGUGCGGAAGAUGCCAUCGAGGGGGCAGAGCGAUGGGUAAAGGAAAGAGAGGAGGAGAAAGAGAGAGCAAAGUUGAAAGAGAGUGAGGAUAGGGAAAGGAGAGAAAAAGAAAGGGCAAAAUUAGAGUCGGAGAUUGAAAAGUUGAAGAAAGAGAAGCAGGAAGCCGAGAAAGAUGACGAGGAAGGUGGAAUUGAUAAGGUAUCAAAUGAAGUCGAAACCAUCAAAGAAAAGAACGAGGCUAUAAAGAAAAAGGUGGAGGUAUUCAAGGAGGAAGUACUGGACGGAGUGGAGAAGAAGAUUCAGAAGAUGGAGGUUGGGGGAAUUAAGUUGAAGGGUAUUGAGAGGGCAAAUGAGGAGAAAGCCACAGAGGAGCUAAAGGGGGAGAUGGUUGAAUAUGCGGAAUCUGGCUCCCAAACUGAUCCAGAUGAGAUUCUUUUCUAG